UUAGAGUUGAGGAGCAAGUACUCAGUUCAAUAUGGGAGAAGUGAGCUGAAAUACCAUCUUGCUGCUUCUCAAUGCAGCCUAAAAUCUCUGCAUUUAUGGUGCUACUUGCUAGGAGUCUUAGCUUUUGUACGUUGGGGUUUUAAGACCCCUUACACAGGUGUGGAUCAUGGCAAUGGAUUGUAUAGGAUCCAGUGAUGCCUUCAAACUGGGGAUUUUAGGAAGCAUCGUUAGGAGGUCCCUGGAUGCCCCGCGGCGCUCGGUCCUCGCCCACCCGCGCACGGCGCCCCCCGAUGGCCGGCAGCUGACCCCGCCCCUCAGGAUGACGGUGAGAGAGCGGCUGCGGGAGAAGAUCUCGGCGGCGUUCUUCCGCCACGGGCUGCUUUGCGCAUCCUAUCCGGUGCCCAUCAUCCUCUUCACCUCCGCCAGUAUCCUCGCCUGCUGUUACCCCCUGCUGCAGCUGCCUCUGCCGGGAACCGGGCCGGUGGAAUUCACCACACGGGUCCGAGAUUACACCGUCCCUUCCCAUGAGCCCCAGGGAGACCUCGGCGAGAGGCCUGACUGGUAUCGGGGUCCUCCGGUGGCCUACAUCCAGCCGGUUCUGGUGAAGGCAGCUGUGUCUCCCUGGGACAGUACGCUGGUCCCUGUGGACGUGUUCCGCUCCCCACUGGGCCGCGUAUUCAGCCUGCUGGAGGAGAUCCGCAACCAUGUACACGACGACGGUUCUGGGGUCAGGAGCUUGGAGGCGCUCUGCCUGCAGGUGACGGACCUGUUGCCGGGGUUACGGCGUAUGCAGAGAGUGCUGCCGGAGCACGGUUGUCUGCUGGUCUCCCCCGGCAAUUACUGGCAGAACCAGCGGGAGCUGUUUGACUCUGACCCCGACCUGCUGAAGACCGUCCACCAGCACGAACCCAAAGGACUGCACACCUCCGCCACACUGAGAGACCUGCUGUUUGGCGUCCCGGUGAAACACACAGGGGUGAGUCUGUACAGCAGGAAGAGGGUGGUCACCUACACCAUCACCAUGGUCCUGGGCAGCUACGACGCCAGGUUCCUGUCUAGCCUGCGGGCGCGUCUCCGCCAGCUACACCCCUCGGUGAACUGCAGCCUACGCGAGGACCACAUGGUGCAUGUGCACUUCAAGGAGGAGAUAGGCAUGGCCGAGCUCAUCCCUCUGGUCACCACCUACAUCAUACUGUUUGCCUACAUCUACUUCUCCACACGUAAGAUUGACAUGGUGAAGUCAAAAUGGGGCUUGGCGCUGGCUGCCGUGGUAACAGUGCUCAGCUCUCUGCUUAUGUCUGUGGGGCUCUGCACCCUGUUCGGCCUGACGCCCACACUCAAUGGAGGUGAGAUCUUCCCCUAUCUGGUGGUGGUGAUAGGGCUGGAGAACGUCCUGGUUCUCACCAAGUCUGUGGUGUCCACCCCUGUUGACCUGGAGGUCAAACUACGCAUUGCUCAGGGCCUUAGUAAUGAGAGCUGGUCUAUCAUGAAGAACAUGGCCACAGAGCUGUGCAUCAUCCUCAUAGGAUAUUUCACCCUGGUGCCUGCUAUCCAGGAGUUCUGUCUGUUUGCUGUGGUGGGGCUGGUGUCUGACUUCUUCCUUCAGAUGUUUUUCUUCACCACAGUUCUUUCCAUUGACAUCCGACGCAUGGAGUUGGCCGAUCUGAACCGCCGUCUUCCGGCCGAGGCGGGGAUGCCCCUUCCCAAACCGGGCCCCCUGCGCCCUCGGGAGGCGCCUCCUCCCCCACGGCCCUCGCCCCACACCAUCACCCUGCAGACGCCCGCCUUCAGGAACCUGCGCCUGCCCAAGAGGCUCCGUGUGGUCUACUUCCUGGCCCGCACGCGUCUGGCCCAGCGCUUCAUCAUGGUGGGUACAGUGAUCUGGAUUGGCAUCCUGGCCUACACGGACCCCGCUGGCCUCCGUACCUACCUGGCAGCCCAGGUGUCUGAACAGAGCCCCCUGGGGGAGGGCGGGGCUGGGGGUCUGCCCCCCCACCUGGGAGUAGCCCCGGUCUUCCCUGGACCAGGAGGGGACCCCGCCGACACCCUCAGUGUCCUCCCCGCCCCCGCUGAACCCACCCCGCUUCCAGAGAACCAGUCCCAGGGCCACCACGGGGCCCCCGGGGAAGGAGUACCCCUGGUGCCCCAGAUUAGCUGGGGGGCGGAGGAUGAGGAGGGCUGGAGGAGGCUGUCUUUCAGACACUGGCCCUCGCUCUUCAGCUACUAUAAUAUUACUCUGGCCAAGAGAUACAUCAGCAUCCUGCCUGUCAUCCCCAUCACGCUCCACCUGAGCCCCCGGGAGGCCAUCGAGACACGUCACCCCCAGGACACACGCCACCCCCCGCCACCCAGCCUCAAAACUAAUGACCUGCCCGCAGACCUCACGCUCUACAAGGUAGCAGCUCUGGGCCUGGCGGCAGGGGUUCUGCUGGUGCUGCUGCUCUUCUGUCUCUACCGGGUCCUCUGUUCCCGCAACUACGGCCAGAACGGCGUGGCCCACGGACGCCGUCGUCGCGGUGACCUGCCCUGCGACGACUACGGCUACUCGCCACCCAUCAGCGAGAUCUCCCCCCUGCUGCUGUGUGGACACAGCAUGGAUAUAGAGUGUCUGGCGAGUGACGGCAUGCUGUUGGCCAGUUGUUGUCUGGCAGGACAGAUCCGUGUGUGGGACACUCAGACUGGAGACUGCCUCACCGUCAUUCCUAAACAUGGGCUGCGGCGGAGUAGCAGCAGUGGCUGCUGGGAGCAGCGGGAUGGUUGGGACGCUGUGGGUGUGGCCGAACCUGAGAAUCUGGGGGGCGGGACAGAACCAGGGGGCGGGUUUUUCGACGAGGACGAGGGCUACCCCCUCAGGCGGCGGACCACCCCACGUCCUGCCCUCUUUGAGAACCAACCCGACCUCACCCCCCUCAUCGACACCAACUUCGACUCCCAGGCCCCCUCCCACCUCCUCCUCACCCCACCAAGGGAUGGCUUUGACUUCGGGGGGCUGGUGGAGAAGGCCUACCUGGAGCACGAGCCUCCCUCGCCGGGCCUCACUGCCUCCUACCCCUCACCCCUGUCGGGACCCCCUCCCCAGAGGAGACGCAGCCUGGGGUACAUCCAGCCCCCUGCUCCACAGGGCCAGGAAACCCCGGACUGGGAAAGCGCUGUGUGGGCCAUGGAGCUCCGGGGGAACCUCAUCGCUGCUGGAAGGAGCAACGGCAAACUAGAGCUGUGGGAUGCAGUGGAGGGCUCGUUACGCUGCAGUAAUGAAGACGGCGUCUCGGGGAUCACGGCCCUGGCCUUCCUCAACAACAGGAUCGUGGCGGCCAGACUCGAUGGCUCUCUAGACUUCUUCACUGUCGACAUCAACAAGCCUCUGGGCUUACUGCAGUACAGAGGUCCCCCCGGGCGUAGUAACAUGCCGCCCUCGCCCUGCUACAGCAGUGAGGAAGUGAUCUCAUGCCAGCUGACGCGCUCGGUGCAGUGUGCCCACCAGAAACCCAUCACGGUGCUGCGAGCCGCUGCCGGCAGAGUGGUCACGGGCAGCCAGGACCACACUGUCAGGGUGUAUCGUCUGGAGGACUCAUGCUGUCUCUUCACGCUCCAGGGCCACUCUGGUGGAAUCACUGCCAUCUACAUAGACCAGACCAUGGUUCUGGCCAGUGGGGGGCAGGACGGAGCAAUCUGUCUGUGGGAUGUGCUGACGGGCAGCCGGGUGAGCCACGUGUACGGUCACCGCGGCGACGUGACCUCACUGGUGUGCACCACAUCGUGCGUGAUCAGCAGCGGCCUCGACGACCUCAUCUGCAUCUGGGACCGCAGCAUGGGCAUCACGCUCUACUCCAUACAGCAGGAGGUGGGCUGCGGUGCCAGUCUGGGGGUGAUCUCUGAGUCUCUCCUGGUGACAGGGGGCCAGGGCUGUGUGUCCUUCUGGGACCUGAACUUCGGGGACCUCCUCCAGACGGUCUACCUGGGCCAGAGCAGCGACGGCCAGGGGGUCCGCCAGCUCGUGGUGCUGAACAACGCCGCCAUCGUCUGUGACUUUGGCUCCGAGCUCAGCCUGGUCUACGUACCCGCGGUGCUGGAGAAGCUGGACUGAGCAGAAGCAGAACUAGGACAGGCGCCACACAGUGGCCUGGAGAAGUAGACAAAAUGGUCAGUACUGACAAUGGGGAUAUAUGCAAACUCAACUCAUUUUGGCCCUACACUAUGCUGCAGUUGGACAAUCUCCUUGGAAAGAGUUGUGGCUCAUUCAGAUCGUUAGCGCUUCACAUGAUUUAGCUGGCAGGGCAUUUCUAUAGCAAUACAUAGCCUUUUUUUAUAAAGCUAAUGUCUGGUUGGAGAGACAGAUGUACAGACAGACUUACAAGUGGUCAACCUGCCACAGGGUGAGGUCUGUCUGACCAGAAAGAUGACCUUUGGCCUUGUUACUAGCUUGUAUCCAAGCAUUGGAUGGUUUGGGGUACACACACCCCAAGGGGGUUCCCAUCCAACAAUCAGACUGUCACUGCACACUAUGCUGCUGUCAUUGGCGGGGUGUUUGAUACCACGCCAGCCAAUCAAUGUAGUGCAGCUGUAGCAGGCUCAUGUCAUGAAGUCUGAGGGCCGCUGGGCUAAGCAAAGCGGUUAUUAGCAUGUGUGUGUUUUGUGUCCUGGGGAAGAAACAGUCCUGUUUUAUGGUGAAAACAUUGCUGACAAAAAUCCUUCAUUAUUGUGUGUGUGUGUGUGCGCGAGAGAGAACUGGAUACGAUUACUGUAAUGAAAUGCACCUUGAGAGGGGGUUGUUUUUUAUGUUUAAAUCUAUUUAUUAGUGAUACAUUUUUAAGUAACAAUUUGAGGUGUGCAUAAUAUAAUGUGGAGAUGAUGUCAUAAAUGUAGGGUUAGAUGUAUUUUUUUUAACAUUGGUUAUAAUGAGAUUAAGAUUUGUAAUAAUAUUUUGGAACUGAAAACACUUGUGUUUUCUUGGCGUUGGGGAUUGAGGGGAGAGGUUCCUUGCCUUACCCCAGCCUCAAGCUCUGAUUUUAGGGCUACUGUUGCUGCAAGAGGACCCAUCUGGCCCCUAAGAGCCCCUUAAACUGUAAAAGGCUCUAUACUUUCUGCUUGAAUUUGAGAUUUGCAUCUGAAGGUGUGGCAGCUCUACAUUGGCUGCUCUCUUCCCAUGUUGACUGUGCCCAGGAUAAAUGUCAGAUCUUUUGAGAUUGUGACUAUAUUCAAUUGCACGGUUUUAUGUUAGUAACAUUGUCAUUCUACCUUUUGUACGUCUUGUUAUCUGACUAAAGGUUCCAUUGAGGAAAUCACGUUACUUUUUUAAAUACCUAAAAUGGCUUCCUCUUGAAAAAAAAUCUUAACUGCGUUUCUCUGUCCGCUAUGUUUUUCCCAAUUCACUGAAAAGGUGUCUUUUCUUUCGGUCUUAUCUCUGUAAUUCUCUGCUUGUGAGUUUGAGAACCCUAUCAGGCAUAAAAGGAGAGGAUGGGUAGUGUACCAGUAAUGUGGUUAACUCCACCUUGUCUUUUCAUGUGAGCAAAGGAGUCAGCGAGGGCCUCAGACGAGGAAUAUGAUGGUUGGAGCCUCUCUACUAAUAACUCAACCUUUCUCCCGUUACCUCUGAGUGACUGUAGCGCGAGCCUGCAGACACAGGCAAUGCAGCGAGCGCGUAGUGGACUUGACCGUAGAUGUUAGCCUAGUUGGUUACUUACACCCAUAGCUGAAUGUAGAUGCUUGAUAUUGAAAAGCAAAUCCACUCAACUUCAACCAACAGAAAUAUAACACUAACUCUUAACCCUCUCAAAUGCACAUGCUCACACUAGGCAACAAUGUAUAGAAAGACAUUCAGAAAGCAUAAAAACGCACACAUCAGACUUGUGAAUGUACGGGUGGGCAGCUUUAGUCCAAGUGUUGCGUUGUCGGCUGGUUUAAGAUGAAUUGAAGAGAAACGAAAACCCAGACACACGCCAUCCCAGAAGGACUGGAGUUGUGCACCCGUAUGUAUAAUGGUUCUAAUUUAUUUCCUUUUUAAAAAUGUAAAUAGGUAAAUGCUUUAGAGCGUGUCGAUUCACUUAUCAUUGUAAGGAUAUAGACUGUUGCCUGAGUUAAAUAUGGUUGUGUUCCAAGUCCUUUUAAGCUGCCUUUCCUUAUCUCCUUGCUUGCAAAUAAUGAUAGGAUAGUUUUGACAGCCACACACACUGUCACAAUAUGUGGCCUAUGCAGGAAUGAAACCUCAUCACUCUGGUGCUGUGAGCACUAUGCUCCCAACAACAUUGGAAUGUUUAUGGAACAGGAGUUUCUACAUUUGUUUUACAGCGUUCUGCCACUGUAGUGAUGAAAGGAGAUGAGAAGGGGAAGCAUUUAAGAUAAUUGGAACACAGCCCAUGUCCCCUUGAUCUGACCCUUUUGGUCCUACAAAAUAGUUGAGGGAGGGAGGGGCAGAAAGAAACCAGUGUAAAUAUUGUUUUUGUGGAAUCAUAGGCCUGUUCUGUCCCCCUCCUCCUGAACCCCCUCCCUUCGGUUGGCUAGGGUGCCACAGACUGUAGUGGCGGUAGCAAAUGUUCUGGGCUAUUUUACUAUUUUUAACACAGGAGCAAAACUUUGUACUAAUUUCCAAAUAAAGAGUCUUUGAUACCUUG